UUCGGGCUAGUUUUUUUAUCGCGCACGUUUUUGAGCCGCCAUCUUGUCGGCGUUCACUCGUGUGUUGAAGGGAUUUUCUAUUUUUGUAAUUUCAUUCGUAGGGCCUUGUAAGCUUGUUUAUUCCCCAUUUGUAGUUGAUUAGUGCUGUAGAUUAGUAUUUUAGGGACUCGUAGAGUAUUUUCAGUGCUGUAUUCCGAUUUUUGGGUACUCAUUUCGGUGUUUUGGGGAUAAUUUUUUGUGGUCGCACACAUGUCCGAGCCGCCAUCUUGGAUACGUUGACUCGUGUGUUGAAGGGAUUUUUUAUUUUUGAAACUUUUUUCGUAGGGCCUUAUAAGCUCAUAUUUUUUCAUUUCUUGUCUACUUAGGGUUGUAGGAUAGUUUUUUAGGGACUCGUUGGUAUUUUUACGGCCGUAUUUCGAUUUUGACAUCGGUUUCGGUCAGUUUUUGUACUUGAAUUUGCUCGUUUUUUUUUCUACUCACUAGACUAGUUGUACAGCCGUUUUUUGUCGUGCUCGUAGUUUUGAUCCUCUCGCCAGAGUUUUAUACUGUGGAGAUAAUUCCACGGUGUUCUUUUUCGGUGAGGUAUAGGGUCGGUUAAGUAGAACUUAGUAAGUAGGGGUAGGCUCUAUUUAGACUAGUUUCAACCCUCUUGCCGAAGUAUUAUUACCGUGGAGAUAAUUCCACGGUGUUUUUUCGGUGAGGUAUACUAUGGGUAUAGGGUUGUUUAAGUAGGAGUAGAAUUAGUGAGUAGGAGUAUAAUUAAAUUAGUUUCAACCCUCUCGCCGAAGUAUUAUUACCGUGGAGAUAAUUCCGCGGUGUUUUUUCGGUGAGGUAUACUAUGGGUAUAGGGUUGUUUAAGUAGGAAUUUUUUAGUAAGAAACUAAGUAAGAUUAUGAAAGAAACUAAGUAAGAUUUUGGAAAGAAACUAAGUAAGUUCUUACUUUUUAAGUAGGCAAUAGGUCUUUCCUGUAAGAAACUAAGUAAGAAACUAAGUAAGCAAGUAUUUUCCUUUAAGAAACUAAGUAGUCUAAGCAAGAAGUAUUUUCCUUGAAGGAACUACGUACGUUAGUAAGUAAGCAAGAAGGAAGGAUUGGGUAGGUACCUAAGUGGGAUUUUUGACUGUCAGUCUUGUUUUGGAUAUCUGUGGAUUUUGGGUUAAAUCGUGGGUGGUAUUUAAUUUCAUCUUCAUUUCAUCAUUACUAAUAUUGUACGGCCAUCUCGCCGAGCAUUAUACCGUGGAGAUAGUUCCGCGGUGUUUUUCGGUGAGGUAUAUUGCCGGUUUAAGUGUAGUCCUUUAGUGUUACUUAGUAGGGUUUAGUUUUGGCCCGCUCGCUGAAGCUGUUCACCGUGGAGAUAAUUCCGCGGUGUUUUUCAGUGAGGUUUAGGGUUUCAGUAUUUACCUGUCAGGCACUUAGUAAGCUAUUAGGAAACUAAGUAGGGUAUUAUUAAGUAAGCAAGAAGGAAAGAUUGUAUGUGUAUUUAAUUUUAUCAUUUGGUUAUAUAAUCGUUGCUGAUUUGAAGCCGGUUAUGACCUCGGAGAGGGUUAAAGUGAAUUAUGGGACUGAGGAGGCUUUACUGGCCGUUGUGGAUAGAACUAAGUCCCACAAGAUUUUUAGUUGGAGGGAGCAAUGUGGGAGUUUAACUGAGGAGUUAUUUUUGCAGUGUCCCCGUCUCCAUGAAGCCAAGGAGCUGGUACAUUUAUUUGAUUUUGAGCCUUAUCGGGUGGAUCAGGCUGAGCAGGCACAGGGGGUGGGGGAGGGGACUGGGCAAACCUUGACUGCACAAACCCAGUCUGUCCAGAGUCCGGGUCCCGUUCCUUAUGGGCAUACAGUGUACCCCCCAUUUUCGGGUGAAGGCCCAGCUGGGCCUAUAUCCGGGUCUGCGCCCUCCCCAGCCGGGCCCUCCGCCGACUAUCGGCUUAGGGAUGAUAGCAGUGUACCCUCCAGGGAACCCCCACGUAGGGAUUGUCCCUCUUCUAGGGAUUUCCCUCCUAAUAAUCAUGGUCCAUCUUCCAGGGAACCCCCCCGUAGGGAUUAUUAUUAUCCCCCGUCUAGAGAAUCCCCUUCUAGUAAUUGUGGUCCGCUUUCCAGGGAACCCCCACGUAGGGAUUAUGUAUAUCCCCCUUCUGGGGAAUCCCGACCUGACAUUCAGUAUCCUCCCAGGGAAUCCUCACCUGUGGGUCAGGGAGAGUACCGGUCGCAGGGGCGCCGGGAUUGGCCCCCCCGUCUGCCGAGGUCACUUAAUUACGAUGGGCGAACAAGUUGGCAUUCCUUUCUCAGGAAGUUCACCAGUUAUGCUGUAUCGUGUCAGUGGAGUCCAAGCGAGUGUUUGGAUGCGCUAGGCUGGUGUUUGGAGGGGUCGGCCUCAGAUUGUUUUUCGAACCUUAGGGAUAUGGGCGCUAAUUCUUAUUACCAUAUGUUAACAGCGAUGGGGCGUCGGUUUGGGGCUACCCGAUUUCCGGAGGAGGCCAUAGCCGAAUUUCGAACGGCUCGCCAACUCCCGGAGGAGUCUCUUCUUGGGUGGUCCGAUCGGCUCCAAGCUUUGUCCUUUGAAGCUUUUGGGUGGGACCAACGGGGUGACAGCACUCAAAUGGUAUUGCAGUUAUGCCAGGGUUGUACAGAUAAGGCGGCGGGUUUAACAGCUCUCAAUACGCGCCCGAAGUCCGUCGAGGAGGCCCUGGAAGCCAUCAGGUGGGCGCAACAUACCCAACGUGUUGUUUAUGGGAGCGAGGCUCGCCGUACGUAUUCGGCUUCUCGGCAGCAGGUGCAGCAGACUUGCAUGUACGAUCAGGAGGUGGACAGGUAUGAUACGGUAAUUUAUCAUCAUAGGCAACCCCAUCCCCUAAAUCAUUCCCCAACAGUUUCCAAAGGUCAAGAUGUUCCCCGUCCGGCUCCUGUGGAGGACCGGGGGAAGGUCACAACGCCUUUUGAAGUUCAGGCCAGGAAUGACAUUGGCUAUUUAAAAGAGGAAGUCGCCAGUCUUAAGACGCAUGCGUACAAUACCGAUUGUAUGCUAGAAGAAAUACUGAAGACUGUUAAGUCUUUGGAGUUUUCUAUGCUUUCCAAUGCCCGCCCUCUAUCUCCCGUGGCUACUGGUGUUCCGGAAAACCUGGAGGGGUCGGAGAGCGAGGCCGAUCUCCGAUCUGGAAACCGAGAGGCCUACAAUCGGUAAAUACUGGGGUAGUUAAUGUUAGUGACCCGCCUGACUCUUCGGUCGGUCCCUUGGACAAGGUAGUUAAUGUUAGUGACCCGCCUGACUCUUCGGUCGGUCCCUUUGUCAAGGUAAAUAAUGUUAGUGACCCGCCUGACUCUUCGGUCGGUCCCUUUGUCCAGGUAGUCGCUAGGACGGCCGUGGUGCCUCCUUCUAGUGGGAAGCGGGUAGGAUGUAAGGUUGUUGGAAGUCCAGGGCUCCAGAGUAAGGACCUUUCCCUUUUCCAGCCCACCCACAGGCUCCCAUUUUGGAUUCCUCGGAUCGUGUUUGAUCGGGGGAAAUAACAUGUUAAGUAUAUAUAUUAUGGUUCAUUAUUAAAGCCAUUCACAACGGCUCGUCCGCGAGGACAUGGUGCCGGUUCCUGUUCCUGGGAAAUAACAUGUUUGUCUUAAAUAUA